UUAUGCUCAUAUAUAAAUACUAUCUGAUCUUGAAGCUUUCCAGUUUUUUAUACUUUUCUUUACUCAAAAGCAACUUCACUUUUCUUUACAUCUUAUAUCAGCACUGUUGGAACCUUUUUUUUAAAAAUGAGUAAAGUCACGGAUCAUCUGGACCAUCUAAGUGUUCCCAGAUAUAUGACUGCUUCUCCUUUACCUUCAGCUCAAAUCAAUGACAAUUCACCGAAGGAUAUGUGGAGUACUUUUAAAGUAAGAUCAAAGUACUAUCUACCUAUCCUUCAGUGGUUGCCUCUCUAUUCUGCUCAUUUCUUUUGGGGUGAUCUAAUCGCUGGUAUCACUUUGUCUUGCUUACUAAUCCCGCAAGGUCUUUCUUAUGCAACAGCUCUUUGUAAACUUGAGGCUAUUCACGGUUUGUAUUCCAUUGCUUUCCCUGCAAUCACCUACACUAUAUUGGGGAUGUCAAGACAAAUGUCUGUAGGUCCUGAAGCCACGCUGUCUUUAUUGGUAGGCUCUUCUAUUGCUCAACUUAAUACUGAAGAUGGGGAUCAUGUUGAUCCCUUAGCAUGGGCUUGUUUGAUGACGGUGUUUGUGGGGAUAUUCACUUUCUUGCUGGGUAUUUUCCGUUUGGGUUUUUUAGAUAGUUUGAUGAGUAGAGCAUUAUUGCGUGGAUUUAUUUCCGGUGUUGGUCUUGUGGUUGCGUUACAGCAAGGGAUUAUAUUGUUAGGACUUGUGAAACUUGGUGAAGAGAAUGGGCUAACAGAGGCAUCUAGCUCGGUCGCUAGGCUAAUAUUCCUUUUAAAAAACAUUCAAUAUUCCCACGCCUUAACCACAUCUGUAUCUGUGGUCUCCGUAGCAUUUCUAGUAAUGGCUCGUGUCACAAAGACCAAAUUAGCCAAGUUCAAAUGGUUUCAAUUGCUUCCCGAAGUUCUUUUGGUCGUUAUUAUUUCCUCACUCCUUACUUACUUCUUCGAUUGGGAAAAUAAGGGACUAUCGAUUUUGGGAAAUAUCGAUAGCAAAGGUAUUCCAUUGCCUUCUAUUCCCUCAUUUCCUGAAAGUAAACAUAUGAAGGAUAUGUUAAUUACUGCUGCAAUGAUUUCUAUAAUUGGUUUUGUCGAGUCAGUUGUAAUUGCAAAGACUUAUUCUAGCAAACACAACUAUUCUGUAAGCGCCAAUCGUGAAUUAGUUGCUUUAGGUGUUGCCAACAUUGUAAGUGGGCUUUUUCAAGGAAUUCCUGCAUUCGGUUCAGUUGCCCGUAGUAAAAUUAAUGAUAAGGCCGGAGCACGUACCCAGAUGGCAUGUCUUAUUGCUGGCGUAAUUGCUAUCCUCGCCAUUUUCUUUUUGCUUCCGUAUUUUUAUUACUUGCCCAAGGCUGUUUUAUCUGCCAUCAUUUUUGUCGCUGUCUUAUCCUUGUUGGGAGAAUUACCUGAAGAUCUUCAUUUUAUUUUUAGAAUCGGGGCCUGGCGUGACCUUGGUUUGCUCUCUGUAACCUUUUUUGCUACAGUAAUGGUAUCGCUUGAAUUUGGCACACUUUUGGCUGUGACUUUAUCCCUUCUCCUAACUAUCAAAGAAACGAGUUAUCCCCGUAUAUCCAUCAUGGGUCGUGUUAAGGGUACCAACGAUAAAUUCAGACCUAUUCAGGAUGACCCUAACGUGGUCGAACAUCUUGAAGAUGUUCUGAUCGUUAGAAUCGAUGAACCCCUUUUUUUCGCGAACACUGGACAAUUGAAAGACAGAUUGCGUAGACUAGAACAAUUUGGUGAUAUGUCUAUUCAUCCUUCUGAGGAUCCACGUUUAGGAAAAUUGUCAUACAUGAUCUUUGAUGUGGAUAAUAUGCCAAAAAUUGAUGCAAGUGCUGUGCAGAUUCUCUAUGAGAUCGUAGAGGCUUAUCAUGCAAGAAAUAUCAAGGUUUAUUUCAUAAGACUUAGGGAAGGUCCGAUGAGUCUUUUUAGAAAAUCUGGUUUGCUUGAUGUAGUAGGCCAAAACAAUUUGUUUAGAAAAGUUCCUGAUGCAAUUGAAGCAAUCGAAAGGGAUAUGGCAAAUAAUGGCACACUUGUAUAACAAUAACAAAUUAAUAUAGAAUGAUAAUAUACCCUUUUUUCAUGAUAUUAAUUCACUAUAAACUACAACUUAUCUCUUUUCAGAAGAGCUUCUUAAUGAAAAUGUGUAACACCACUGCUGAAAAUACAAUUAGGGCCACGUAUCUUCUUAACAAUUUUAGUGCAUGCCCUUUUUUACAGAUAAAAUUGAGAACAAACUUAAAAAUGAUGCACCAUUUAAUAAAGCAACUCCUUCGCACUUUGCGUGUAAAACAUGGAAAAAUGGUCUCAAAUUGUAAAAGCUCUUUUAUAGCUUAC